UCGCAUAAGGAGGUCUGAGCGUCUUCAAGUAGCAGGAACUCGCCAUCGAAUAUCGCCGUCAGGUCACCAUUAAAAGAAACGAUGGAGGCCCGUAUCCGACACAUUUGCUCUUCAAGCAUUUUAGUCUUCGUUGUCUUAAAUUCUUUCUCAGUUUAUAAUCCCAGCUUCGUACCUCGAAGACUCACGCCCUGCCAACAUAGAGUUCCCAUUGAAUGCGAUGCAUAGGGGAUGCAUUCCUUUGCUCAUCGCGCUGGCCCAGGUCACAGGGUCAUCGGCAAAGACGGUGUCAUAUGACUGGAACGUAACUUGGGUAUUCGCCAGCCCAGAUGGAUUUGGGAGGCCAGUCAUAGGGAUAAACGAUGAUUGGCCCUGCCCGAUUAUCGAGGCAGAUGUUGGUGAUUUCAUCAGUAUUAACUUGAAUAACAAACUAGGGAAUGAGACUACUGGCCUCCAUUUCCAUGGCAUCAACCAAAUAAAUACGAACUCGAUGGACGGCGCCGUUGGUACAAACCAAUGCCCUCUACCUCCAGAUCAUUCUGUCAAGUACCGGUUCUAUGUAAGUAGUGAAGGCAAGUAUACUAUUGGGAGGGGAUAAUCAGACUAAUAAUCAAUAUACAUAGGCAGAUGCUCCUGGUACAUACUGGUGUAAGUAGAGGAAGGCUCUUGACAGCUGGGCCGCCCCCUAUAUUGACAAUAGCAUGACAGAUCAUUCCCAUAGCAUGGGGCAGUAUCCUGACGGUUUUCGUGGCCCGCUC